AUGGGCAACAAACAGAUGGUGAAGUACUCCAAGAACUCCAGCCGUUCGGGUAGUGUCUUUAAUCCACACGAAUUUAUUCCAAAGAAUCGGAUCAAAGGACAUACAAGAGAGAAAUUUCCACCAACCAAUUCACAAGAUGAUGAUUUAGAAAUAUCAUUGACAAAUCAAGAAUCGGGUUGUAAAAGUCCAAUAAAUCGAUUUUCAGAUGACAUCACUGAAUCCGACAAAACACGCAACUUUUCUCCAUUGACAAGUCCUCGUUCAGAUCGCAAAGAGAAAAAAGAGCGUCCUUCAAGUUCUCAAGCAAAAGUCGGCAAAUCUCUGACUCCAAAUGAUAUCACCUUCACAACAAAAACGUCGUCACUCACCCCAACAAACCAAAGGUAUGAAAAGAAGCCCUCAAAAUUUAAAAUACCAAAACUGUCACUUGGAUUCGAGAAAAUAAAGAGUUCGUUGACAUCCCCAAGAUCUCCAAAAACAAAGUCAGCACGGUCGACCCCUUCAACACCAGGACAAAAAUUCACAUUUGAAGAUAAGGCAGCGUUCUUUGUCUCUGAAACUGGUUUCAAUGACUUUUCUAUAAUCUACGACAGUCGUUUGGACGAACUCGAUGCUCGGUCAUUCAACGCAAAGGUAAUAGGACAACAGAAUAUCGUUAUAAUUGCCAUCACAAAAGAUUCACAGUUUGGGAUGUACCAAGACGAGCCUUUGCAUAAAAGUGAAUUUGGAAGUCCCCUAGUGAAUGAGAGUACUGAUUCCUUUUUGUUUUCGUUCAAGGAAGGCAAUAGAGAGCCAAUCGUGAUGGACAGAGUUGAAAACCAAUUGAAGACCAUAACAAUCUACCCUGACACAGAAAAAAAUUUCGUGUUCACUAUGUUCUCCGCUUUUUGGCUGAAGAGUGACGGGAAGCUUGCGUUUCAUGCUAUGUGGAAAGACAAAUAUCUGACUGAAAAAUUGUUCCUCAAUCCUUUUGUGGAUAAACCGCUGACUGAAAAAGUUACAUGUGACCGAUUGCUAGUUCUUCAAUUACUUGGGGAUCAAGUUGGAUUUGAAGAUUGA